AUGAUUAACUAUGACCUCAAUAGGAAGGUAUCAUGGAUACGAAGUCGCGACCACCACCUCAUCACGGUGGGGCGGCAGACCUACAGCAGCGACAACCGCUUCUCUGUUAACUUCAACAGGCAUCUCAGUCAAUGGACGCUACACCUGCGCUACGUACAGCCGCGCGACGCAGGCGAGUACAUCUGCCAGCUGUCGACCGACCCUCCGAUGGUGUACGUGGCGAGGCUCUCAGUGACCGCAGAAGCAUCGUCGGUGAUCGCGGGCGGGCGCGAGCGCUACGUGCACGAGGGCAGCAGCGUGAGGCUGGAGUGUGUCCUGCAGAACCACACGCAACCUCCCGACUACGUCUUCUGGUACCAUAACGGUACCAUGAUUAACUAUGACCUCAAUAGGAAGGUGUCAGUCGAAGCGACUACUGACGGCAGUGUGCUGACGUUGCUGUCGGUUGGCCGCACCGACAGCGGCAACUACACUUGCUCGCCCGCCAACGCGCAGUUCGCCUCCAUCACUCUGCACAUUAUACUGGGGGACACGCUGGCGGCGAUGAAGGUGUCAGGGGACCACACGAUUUGUCCUUCGAUGGCGGGCGUCGCAUUUUUAUUGCUUCUCUCCAUCAUCAGCAACUCGUUGCGUUCUGUUGUUACUGGUGGUGGUGUUCCUAGUGGUGUUGUUACUGGUGGUGGUGGUGCUGGUGUAGUUAUCAGUGAUGGUAUGUCACGCAUACGAAUAGCAGAAGCAGAGGUUGUACACGAGAGUCUAACAGGUAGAGACGAUCCGGAGCUCUACAAGGCGGAGGUCGAGACGAUCCGGAGCUCUACAUGGCGGAGGUCGAGACGAUCUGGAGCUCUACAUGGCGGAGGUCGAGACGAUCCGGAGCUCUACAUGGCGGAGGUAGAGACGAUCCGGAGCUCUGCAUGGCGGAGGUUAAGACGAUCCGGAGCUCUACAUGGCGGAGGUCGAGACGAUCCGGAGCUCGACAUGGCGGAGGUCGAGACGAUCCGGAGCUCUACAUGGCGGGGUCGUGACGAUCCGGAGCUCUACAUGGCGGAGGUAGAGACGAUCCGGAGCUCGACAUGGUGGAGGUCGAGACGAUCCGGAGCUCUACAUGGCUGA